UGUUCGAAUCGAAUCUCGCUCUACAACAGCAGCGGAGCGGUCUGUCGUCGGUGGUCAAAACGGAGCACCUUAGUGAGGGAAAGAAUAGAUUAACCAGAUAGCCGGAUUAGAUAUUCUGUUGGAAGUCGGUCGCUUGUCGGCUGGUUUAGCCACAUCUGUUAGAGUCGUUUGGGUUAUGGUGGCGAUCAAUUGCAGUGAGUUUGUUUUUCUGUAAUUCGCAAGUGCGAAAAAAGUGGAGUUAGCAACUUAAAUGGGUGAUAGAUCUUUCGAGCUGGAAAGGCAAUAAUCGAAAGUGCAGCCUUCCUGCGUGCUGUUUGAAGAUUCGCAACCGAAUUGUUCUUAGUCAGUAGCAUACUCCGCGAGUGUCAGUGUGUUACGAAGAGUUCCAGCAUUAAUCAGAAUUUCAAAUUUUGUCGCUUAAGUGGAAAACGUCGAGGAAGCAGAUUUUUUCCUAAAUUUCAAUCCAAGGAAGAGAAACGACGGAAAGUGUGUGUGUGUAUUUGUCUCUCGUGUGGAAAAGCUCGGGUUCUGUUUUAUGGCAGAGUGAAGCAACGAUGACAGCCAACUGUUGGAGGUAUAAUUCACGCCUGUGGCCGUUCCGGUUCUCAACGGACGCUCUUUCGCAGCGGCUUCCGUUGAUGGCGCCAGUGGUGCUGCUGCUGAUGCUGCUUAUGACAUCUAUCGUCGGACCCGUUGAUGGGCGCCAGGUCUAUGAGGACUGCGAACAACCACCGGAAGUGGCACACGGAAGUGCACGGCUUACCGUGGACCAAAGUGAGGAGUUCGUAACGGCUCAUUAUAGCUGUGAUAGAGGUUUCAGGAUUGACGGUCCGGUUGACAUCCGGUGCGAUAUCGACUCGGAUGAGUGGCAGGUCAACCAGCUGCCCAAGUGUGUGGAAGAAUCCACCGACGAUGGCACCAGCAGCAGCAGCAGCAGUUCCCAGCAGCAAAAAAAGCGCAAGAACGCCCGGGGUCAAAACAUCCAGGAGGAAACCGCCGUUAGCAGUGCUUUCGCCGUCCAGCUGGAUCUGUCCUGCAUGGCGCAGGGUCUGAUUCAUGCCCCGGAGAUAGACAAUGGCUACGUUGUCAAGUACAACAGGCGAAAGAAGGAUGACCACAUUUUCCUGGUGGCUUUCUACGAAUGCGACGACCGUUAUGAACUGCAGCCGGCUGAAAUGGACCGAUUGUUCUGCAGCGGUAAACAGUGGAUUGGUACGAAACCCAGUUGCGUCUCGAAUCGCCCCGAAGGGGAGGAGGAUGAGGACGAAGAGGAAGACUACGAUGAUGAAGAGGAAGAAGCAGAGGAGGAGGAAGAGGAGGAAGCAGAAGAGGAACAAUCUGGCGGAGUGCAAGAAGCCCCGAAACAUGAGAUGUUACCAGAGACGACACCAUCAGUGGUUGAUGACGAUUUUGGGGGAAAAGUUGACGAGACUGAAAGUGAAUUGCGACCAGCCGGAGAGCAUGAGCCUGUAGAUGAAACUAAGGAUGCGGAUUAUGAUCAGAAUCAUAAUGAGGAGGAUGGACACGUUAUUGAAAGUGAAUUGCCGGAGAAGACGGCUCAUCAAACAAUCCCAGCUGCUAGUGCAAGUACUACAACGAUGGCCCCUGAAGAAGAAAUCACCAUCAAGCAGCCAAAUUGUGGAUCAGACCGAGGCGGGUGUGAUCAUGAGUGUCAGAUGGUGUAUUCUGAGAACGAGGUUCAACCAACCGUGCAGUGCUCUUGCUUUGAAGGUUUUGAAUUGGACUUGCAGGAUCGGCGGACUUGUCGUGAUAUCAACGAGUGCGAGCAGGACAACGGAGGCUGCGGGCAAACCUGCACCAAUAAGCCUGGAUCGUUCGAGUGUACAUGUCAGUCGGGCCUUCAAAUUGACGUGCUUGACGGUAGAAGCUGCAUUGACAUCGACGAAUGCGAAGAUGCGGCGCGCUGCUCUUAUGGAUGCGAAAAUACACACGGUUCGUAUCGCUGUUUGACUGCACCGGAACCGGGCUCGAGUCCGAGCCCAAGUCUGAGUAGCAGCUCCGAAAUAACUUCCCUCACCGACGGGGAAGACGACGAGCAAGAGGAAGAGCGGGAAGACGAGGACGGCUUCGAUGAGGAAGCUGAUAAUGAAAAUGGAAAUGAGGAACCGGCUGGAGCGGAACAACGCCCAUCAACGGUGACUUCAACCACGACCACAACGGAAGCGAACGAAAUUGAUAAGAAAAGUGACGAAGACGAGUACGGUGAAGGUGUCGAACAGCAAUCAAACAAUGAAAUUUUGCCGCCUGAAAGCGACGAUGUCGGCGAUGACAAUGAGAAGGAGGAUGACCGAUUGAACCACGAGCUUCCGUCACCGUCGCAAAUACCGGAAAUCGAUCGAUCAAAUAUUGAGAAACUUGGCCAAAGUUUUGAUACCACCAACCAAGUUGAUGAUGGCGAUGAUGAAUAUGAUUACAAAGAGAAUGAUGACGAUGACGACGAUGAUGAUAGACAGAGAAAUAAAGUGGAAUCUCAUCAUCAGGAUACGCAUCAUCCCCACCGGCACCACCACGGUGACCAAAUAGACGAGCCGGAGGAAAGUGAAACCGACCAAGCUGAGUUUGGCCCUCAUAGCUUUUCCACCGAACCUUCCAGCGUGACGACUGAUAACGAGGAUGAGGAGGAUGAGUACGAGGAAGGAAGUCGGGGAGAAUCGGAGCUUGAUAGUGAUGACUAUUUCGGACCGGGGUCAGAAAUUUCUUCAUCUUCUUCGACGACUACCACCAGCCCUCGACCCGUUGUGAGUUGCCGCGAGGGACUGAGAUUGAAUUCGGCUGAUGUGUGCGAAGAUAUCGACGAGUGUGCAGAACAGGACCACGGCUGCGACUAUUGCCGGAAUGCGUACGGCGGCUACGAGUGCUUCUGCCCAACCGGUUACGAGCUGGCUGACGAUGACAAAAGCUGUCAGGAUGUGGACGAGUGCGAAAAUCACGAGGGGCUUGCCGCGGAAGAUUGGAAUUCCGUUGGAAUCUGUUCGCAUGAGUGCCACAAUACGGUAGGUUCGUACGAGUGUCGAUGUCCGGAUAACUUUCACCUAAACACGGACCGGCGAACCUGCGUGCGGGACUUUUGUGCCGAUUUGUACGAGAACCCGAACAAGACGAGAUGCUCGCACGAGUGCAAGGACGGGACGGAAGGGUUCAUCUGCGUGUGUCCGGAGUUUCACAUUUUGGAUGAGUUUGAUAGGAAAACUUGCCAGAAUGUGUACAGCUGUGGGGGAGAGCUGAAGAAGCGAUGCGAACCGGGGGUUUGCAGAGUUCUCGCCGGUGGCGAUUAUAGGUGUGAGUGUCCGCAGGGUUACCAGCAGGAUGAUCACAGUUGCCAUGAUCUGGAUGAGUGUGAGCUGGGAAGGCACAUGUGCUCGCACGAUUGUUUCAACACGGCAGGGUCUUAUCGGUGUGACUGCCCGCACGGUUUGAGACUGUCCACAGACAACCGGACUUGCGAUGAUGUUGAUGAGUGUCAGCAACAUCAGGAUAGUUAUGAAAUUUGUGGCGAUUUGCAGUGCCUGAAUACGUACGGCAGCUACAAAUGUGUUUGUGCUGAAGGAAAGGAACUGGAUGAGUACGGCAUCUGCCGGCAGAUGGAUCUGUGCACUACCGACAAUGGAGGGUGUUCGCAUAUUUGCACUUUUUUCAACCGGGAAACUUUCUGCGACUGUCCGGAUGAGAUGGAACUGGCGGAUGACGGUAAAACGUGUGUUGUGUUUAAUGAAUGUGAAAGAAAUAAUGGCGGUUGCUCUCAUAUUUGUGAUCCACAUGCGGAUGUUCUCUGCAAAUGUCCGGAAGGUUUCUCGCUAGCGGGUGAUAUGCGAAAUUGCCAGGACAUAAAUGAAUGUUCGGAGGAAAAUGGCAAGUGUGAGCAGAGGUGUAUAAAUUUACCUGGAAGCUUCGAGUGUGGUUGCUUCGAUGGAUUUGAAAUUUCACGAGAGAAUAACCGUUCCUGUUCGGAUAUUAACGAGUGUUUGUUAAACCACGGUCACUGCGAUCAACAGUGUCGUAAUACCGAGGGGUCAUUCCAUUGUUCCUGUAAUGAAGGCUAUCAGCUUGUCGAAAAUGGUCGUUCAUGCGAAGAUAUAGACGAGUGUGAAGUAAACAACGGAAGAUGUUCGCAUACUUGCUUGAAUUUACUUGGUAGUUAUCAGUGUUCGUGCCCGGAGGGUCUAUAUCUGACGGAGGACAAGCAUUUAUGUGAUUUUAUCGACGAAUGCGAACUAAAUAACGGUGGUUGCUCGCAUGACUGUCACUACCACCGAGGAGUCAUAACUUGUUCCUGCCCGGGAGGUUUCGAGUUAGAGAGAGAAAAUUUUAAGACCUGUGUCGACACUAAUGAGUGUAAUAACUCUAAUGGAGGCUGUUCCCAUAUUUGCAGUAACUUACCGGGAAGCUACCUUUGCUCUUGUCCGGAAGGAUUCGAACUGAGCCGUAAUUCGCACACUUGUGACGACAUCGACGAGUGCAUUGAAAACAACGGAAACUGCUCGAACAUCUGCAUUAAUCUUUUGGGAGAAUACAGAUGUGCUUGCGAGGCAGGAUUUGAGUUGGAGGAUGAUCGACAGACGUGUCGCGAUGUGGAUGAGUGCUCGACAAAAAUCCACGACUGUUCGCACAUUUGCGUAAAUGUUCCAGGGACAUUUGAGUGCGAGUGCCCCACUGGAUAUCGACUGGGAAGAGAUAAGUUUACCUGUGAAGAUAUAAACGAGUGUGAAACUUUACCGGAAAGUGCUGGAUGUGAGCACCAUUGUAUUAACACUCACGGCUCGUACCGAUGUGGUUGUGAGGACGGGCACCGACUAGAACCGGAUAACAGAACUUGUUCGGAUAUCGACGAAUGUUCGGAUGAGCAAAAACGGUGCUCCCAUGACUGUUUGAAUACCAAGGGAGGGUUCAAAUGCUCCUGUCCAGUAGGUUUGAGACUAGACGUGGAUGAGGUUUCCUGUUUGGACAUCGACGAAUGUAAAAUUAAUAACUUUAACGGUGGAUGUUCGCACAUCUGUCUGAACGAACAUGGAAGCUUCCGGUGCAGCUGUCCGGAGGGUUGGGUUCUGGGAGAUGAUGAUGCAACAUGUGUGGACAUUGACGAGUGUACGAAUCUUAACGGUGGUUGUAGUCAGCGUUGUCUUAACUAUCGAGGAGGCUACAAGUGUGAGUGUAAUUCAGGAUUCGCUCUGAUGGCGGACAACAAGACUUGUGAAGUGAGCAAUCCGUGCGCUCUAAGAAACGGUGGAUGUGAACAUUUUUGCAGUAUCAAAAAAGGCAAUACAGUUUGCUCGUGCCGGGAGGGAUACACUUUGAAUAAAACUAAUUUGGCAAGCUGUGUAGAUCACGACGAGUGUCAAUUGCCCGGUGACAACAAUUGCCAGCAGAAGUGCGUUAACACUGAAGGGGGCUAUCGUUGCGAAUGCUAUUUGGGCCACGAAAAAAAUGCUCUCGGCCAAUGCAUCGAUAUAAACGAAUGCUUGGAAAUGAAUGGCGGAUGUGGAUCUAAUGCCAGAUGUAUCAAUUUGGCUGGUAGUUUUCGUUGCUUGUGCCCUCCAGGAUUCAAGCUAGGAAACGAUAGGAGAAAUUGUUUAGCAAUUCGAAAUCGUUGUCAACCACUGACGGCUCCUAACAACGGUGAGAUUAAUUGCUCUAGAUCUCGCCAUAGAUCACAAUUUUUCUACAAGACAAAGUGCUCGAUUAGGUGUAAUACAGGAUAUAAACUGGUCGGGCCAGCAGUCCGACAGUGCAAUGGAACUGGAAUUUGGGACGAAGGAGAAUCGCUUUGUAUACCGCAAUCUUGUCCACGUCUGCCACGACCUGAACAUGGAACCAUCCUGCCGGUGGCCUGUACCAACGGAAAAAUCUACCCUGGUGAACGAUGUGUUCUGCAUUGCAAACCCGGGUUCAAACCGAGUGAUAAACGAGCGGUGCUUUGCGAUACGACACAGAGUUGGACUCCUUCUGUGGAUUUGCAAUGCAUUCCAGCAACCACACCGCAGCCAGUGGUGCCAAUCAAACCUUACAUACAGUGUCCUCCGGAUGUUCACGACAUACUUCCCGUUGGUCAGUAUACUAUGAGAGUACGACUAGAGCAACCAAAAUCGAACGUGGAUUGGCACAAGUACAUUGACUCUCAUCCAGCCUGGGGCAAGCAGCUGGAGACUGAGUUACCUGCUGGCGAAACAUCGAUGACCUUCCGUGCGAGAAGUCCCAAUUCCAACAUGAACGACAUUUGUCGAGUACUGAUCAGGAUUAGAGAACGAAGACCCCCGCAAGUCGUUAACUGUCCCGAGUCAUUCAACGUUCAGCUAGAGGGUCCGGAGACAUCGCGAUCGGUAUUUUGGGUAGAGCCACAUUUUGAGACUGAUAACGAAAUCAAGCAACUGUACAAAUCACACACCCCCGGCCAGUUACUGAUCGCAGGAGUGCACUACGUAAACUACGUAGCGACGGAUGCCGAUGGACUGAGCGCCAAGUGCAGCUUCGGCAUUACUGUUAAAGCAUCACCUGACUCGUCGAGUUUCCGACGUCCGAUGCAUCGGCCGCACGAAACCAACCGACUGGAAAAUCACGAAUCAUUCCUAAUAUGCCCCGGCAAGUCACCGAUUCGAGUCGAUGCCAGCGAUCCCGUAAGUAGACUGCACAUAAUUUUUCACACCAUUUGGCAUCGCCAUCACGACCAGCUGCCUCUGCACGACCAUAACCAAAGCCGAAAAACUACCAGCCAAAGCUACGGGCCAGCGCAUAAAUCUAAUCGGGGUGAUGGCAGCGGCACCACCACCGCCGCCUCAUCAACGCUCACCCCAGCGGACGUGGGAAAUUCGACCGUCACCACCAUUGCUUCUCCGCACACCCAUACGCAAACGAACACGCACACGCCCAAACACAAUCACAUAAGCAACAGCAUAUCGCUCGCGGAAAAUAAACAAAGUCAUAAUAAUCAUCACUAUCAAAGUAAUAGUCAUAAUAAUAACCAUAGGAAACAGAUCAUCCCACCGCAUAUUCAUCCACAUCGAACGUUCACCACGGUUCACAUUUGGGACUGCUGCUCGGACGAGGAGGAGGAACACGAGCAGGAUGUCGGUGAAGAUGAACCGGGGGAGGAUGAUCAAAGCCAAAGCAAUCACAUUGCCAAGCAGUAUCCGUUUCCCACCGAUAUCUACCAUUACUGGCUUGUGCACCAUCGGCAUCCUCACCGGUCGCGGUCAUACUAUUAAACUGUUACACUUGCAUGAAGACCUACACUACUCAUCACAGAGUGUAGGGGAGAGCGGUUCAAAACGUACCGGCGAAGAGUUUCCACGAUUUUGUAUACAUUUUGGAUAUUUUUCAGCUUUCCCUAAUUGUACCCUUUACCCACAUCGAAAUAACGAAAUGGCUCGAUUCAGUUUUCCCCCGGACCCGACAGAAGAUUCGAUCGAAGCGACAAAACUCGCUUGACAUGAAUCAGCCCAAAAUGUUCGCGGGUAGCUCGAACCUUAAUUGCCUGUGUAUGUACAAAUUCGCUGUAUAUGUUAAUAGACUGAGAUGCAUCAAGUGUAAUGUGUAUAGUUAUGAAUAUUAAUUUAAUGUACAGACAACACCAACCAGUUGAAGGGGGGGCCAUUAGUAAUGUUCGACACGGCCAUUCCUGUUUCAAUAGCCGGUUCGAAUGAAAACUAUAAAACAUUUGUAUUGAAUAGGAGUUUGAGCUAGGUAUUAAACAGUCAAUGGAACAGUUCUCUUUGUUGUUUAAUUGUUAGUUUUUAUUAAAACCAUGAUUAUCUCCUGAUGGACUAUUAAAACUUGCAAUUGCUAAGGAUAAAAAUAUGAGUCUAUCUACAUUUAAAUUGGGCUUUUCACUUGAUAAACUUCAAACACAAAG